AUUUUCCUUAGUAGCGGAGAGGAAUAGAAAAUCCGCAAUGUAAAAUUGCACGCAACCUGCAUUCAUUGGGUACGAUUUUUUCGGCAAAAAUAAGGGGAUCCGCGCACCCGAUGUAAGCAAAUAUUAAGUGAUAACAAGAAGAUUAAACUAAAUAAAUUAUAUACAAAUAAAAAUGACAGACUAUAAAGAAGAACAGAAUAACGAAGUUGAAGCAUUGGAAUCUAUUUAUCCUGAGGAGUUUCAACUUAUAUCAGAUUCUCCUCUACACAAGUUUACCAUCUUGGUCAAGUCAAACACAUACCAAGGAAAUGAAGAUUCCACAGAACAAGAACCUGGUGCAUGUUUCACACUACAGUUUGAAUACACACCAAAGUAUCCUGAUGAGCCUCCUCUCAUGGAACUACUGGACUUCCAAAAUAUAGAAGAAGAAGAAUGCCUUCCAUUGAGAACUUUAUUGGAAGAACAGUUUUCAGAGUGUGCUGGCAUGGCAAUGGUGUUCACGCUUGUGUCAGCAGCUCAGGAAUGGAUAAACACAUUCAUUGAAAAUCGUCUCAAGAAAGAGGAGGAAGAAGCGGAAAGGCUACUUAGAGAGGAAGAAGAGAGAGAAAGAGUGAGUGACACGGCAGUGGCGGUGGACGAGACGCUGUUUGAAAACCUUGACGACUUGGAGCUCGACGACGAUGAUGAAGAUGACGAUCCUGAUUACAAGCCUUAAGCUAAACGGAUUUAAUACCAUUUUUGGCUCCCAUUCAAAUAUUUGUUUUGAUCCCGCUAUGUAUUUGAAGUAUUUUACUGCAUAUGUUUUCACUUUUUGUUCAUAACUCCAUUCAAAUUUAAAUUUCUAGAUAAUUUCACUACAUUUUGUAUUCAAUGUCCAUACUGAAAAUAUCUUUAUUGUAAUCAAUACUAAGUCUGAUUUUUUUCUAACAAAUCAAUUGAUAACCACAAGUAAAAGCUAAUUCUAAUUUAAUUGAAAUAAAUGUGCAACCUAAUAGGUUUUAAUGUGAUGCAGUCUAAAUGAAUUAAUUCUUUCUCAUAUCGAGCUAUUUGAGGUACCACCGUAUUUGCCAUGAAUUUAAUCAGUCUUGUAUAGAUUUGAGCUCAUAUGAAUAAAUUUUUCCUUAUCUCGUGCUAUUUCAAGGAUUUGCUAUUAAUUUAUUCUGUUUUAAGUGAACAAUUUUUUUAGAUGUUGCAUGAUAAUUCAUAUGUUGUCAUUCUCAUUUUUGUUACCCUCUAACAACUCUAGUUUCUGAAGACUGACGAAACCAGGACAGUCUUGAAUGGACCGCUGUGGCCAAGUGAAAACGAUAGGAAGUAAAAAAAAAAACACGGUUCAUACAUUUUAUGUUAUUGUAGUGAGCUGCGUUCAACAUUCGUUAAUCCAGUGUCUGAUGUCAUUGAGAAUAAAGGAAGGUUCGAG